UUACGUUUAAUGAAGAUGACAUUGAAAUGAGUAUGUUAAAGAAGCAUAUAGUUAGGAAGACUAAUCUUUCGACUGAUCCUGCAAAGGCUCCAACUCUCUUCGAAGUUACUAUGGCUGCUUAUGAAACAAUUACAAUGGACUUAGAAAGACAUGUUAAACGUGAUGUAGAAGAGUUUAAAGAUCGUCAAUAUGCUUUAUUUACUGGUGUUCAAAUACAUGGACCAAAUGGAUCCGAUCAUUGUUGGUUAGGAAAAGCAAGUUUACUGAUCAAAGGAGAAUUCUCACCGCUUGUUCUUUCGGCAAGUCCUACUUUGCAAUUAUAG